UCUAAUUAAGAGUAUUGUCUAUUUUAAAAAAGUCAAUGUUUUGUUUGAGUAACUCUGUAAAAUCCACUCUUUCGUCCGUGAUAUCUUCCGCUUCUUUGCUUCACGUGAAGCAAUGGGUAAAGCCGACCGUUUCUAAUAGUACCUUCAACGAUCCCUUAAAAGUAUAUAACAGUAAUAAGUUUAAAGUAUACAGGUCCACAGCCCUUUCUUUGCUUGGUGCAAUUCGCUUUGCACACACGGAUCUAGAGCCCCCUUCCUUCGACUGUUAUCGCAGGGGAACAGGCCGUGAUUAUAGGGGUGAAUACCAGAAAAGCCGCGUUUUUACUUAUCUUAUGACUGGAGGGGCCGCUAUUGCAGGAUCUAUAUCCGCUAAAAAUAUUGUACACUCACUAGUAGGCUAUAUGGCUCCCUCUGAGGAUGUUUUAGCUUUAGCCAAAGUGGAAGUUGGUAUAAAAGAUAUUCCGGAGGGUUCCUCCAUUUCGGUAAUGUGGAGGGGGAAGCCGUUGUUUAUCCGUCACCGCACUCAAGAAGAGAUUGACGAGGCCAACAGUGUGGAUAUCACCUCUCUUCGCCACCCCGAAGCGGAUAGGUUACCUUUUGAAGUAUUGUUUUUCUUCUUUUAUAAAAAAAGGUACAUCCGCAGCGAUCGGGUGAAGGACCCAAGAUACUUAAUAAUGAUUGGCGUGUGCACCCAUCUAGGCUGCAUCCCUGUGGGGGAGGCCGGGGAUUAUGGUGGAUGGUUCUGCCCAUGUCACGGUUCCCACUACGACAUUUCCGGCCGGAUUCGAAAGGGCCCAGCCCCAACAAAUAUGGAAAUACCGCCUUAUGUCUUUGUGGAUAAUAACUCGGCCGUCGUAGUCGGCUGAAAGCUCUUUUGGCUCUAUAAAAGUGUGCUUUAAUGGAGUCAAGCUGGACUUUCGCAUACUAAUUUAUAAUAAAAAAAGAAA